AUGGAGGCAAUCGCCGACCAACUGCACAGUCUAAAGAUCGACCCGGCAAAGUGCGAGGUGAAAAUUGUUGUCAACAGGGUAUACAGCACCAGUGCCAAGCGUUAUCACGAAGACCCAAAGUACCGUAAGGACUUCCUUGGUUCGUAUUACGUCAAUGAAGAGGAUGUUGACACGUUGCAUGACCUGUAUAUCAAGUCCUUAGAGGCCGGUGAUCGCCUGCACCUGACAGAAAAGCACCGGGAGGGUAAAUCUCCGAUCUACAUCGACUUUGACUUCAAACAGCUGUCUGGAGACCGGUUGUAUACCCCCGAGCACGUUCGAGAAGUAUACCUGGCGAUCGCCCAGGGGGCAUCACACUACGUCCAGUUCACCCCCGAGGACUUGACCUGUUACGUGCUCGAGAAACCGUCCCCCCGACCGGACAAGAACCACCCGUAUAAGGAUGGUUUCCACCUCAUCUUUCCUGACAUCGUGACGUCACCAACCGUCCAGCACCUGAUCCGCAAGAACAUCCUAGAUUCUAACAGCCUUGCCGAAAUUUUCGGAGACUGUGGAUUCAAGAACAAUUACUCGGACAUGUACGACGAAGCGGUUAUCGAGAAAAACAACCUGAUGAUGUACGGAAGUCAGAAGGUUGACGAGCCUGCAGCCUGGACAGUAAGCUACUUGCUGACUGGGCAGGACGGUGACGAAGAAGAGUGUGAACUUGAGCCUGCUGAACUGGUCUUGGAACUGUGUGUCCGAAACAAGUUCACGUGCAACCCUACGAUCGCGACAGCUACAGCUGAGAUUGAAGCAUAUGCCGCCGAGCGAGCCAAGAAGGCAGAGAAGCCAGCGCAAGCCAGCUUGUCCAGGUUUGCGGGCAACAAUGCCAUCACCUUCGACAGGCUUAAGGCUCUCAUUGCUGGUCUCGCGGAGGAGCGGGCGGCCGGUAGAGACAGCUGGUCAAAAUGCAUGUGGGCAAUCAUGAAUGUCUCCAAGGACAAUGGCUUCAGCGAAUUCCAGAAGAUGAAGCUGGGUCAUCAAUUCAGUGAGCUCAGCCACAGCCACUAUGACGAGGAUGGCGUGGAUAAGUUCCUAGCUGACGGGGUCAAGGAGCACACAAACCCUAUUAACCUGGCUACAUUGAUCCUGUAUUUAAAGCAAGACAACCCGGACGUAUAUGACACUCUGUUCGGCGGCGUGAAGUCUUAUGAUGAGACUAAAAUGGAAUUUGAGCGUAAUCAUUUCAAGGUAAUGCAGCCACUGUGCUUUGUUGAGGUCGAAGCCGACGAUCAAAGCCUAUAUUACCGUGGAAAAAGGGAGUUUUUGGAGGCUUAUGAGAAUCUAUAUUGCACGGUGAAGAAGGUGGAUAAAAACGGAAUAGAAUAUACCGAAAAAGAGGCAUUUGUUAAGUUGUGGUUUGCCGACACUCAGAUCCGGACGUACAAAAAGUUGGUCUUCUGUCCGCCGCCUACCCCCGUGCCAGCAGAUUGCUUCAACACUUACAACGGCAUGCAAGCGGAAAAGGCGGAGGCUGACGUCAGCUGCGGAAGCAUCGAGCCCUUCUUGCGACACGCGGCGGUGCUGUGUAACAAUGUUCCCCAGCAUACGGAAUACUUCCUCAAAUACUUGGCUCAUAUUGUUCAGUUCCCUGGAAAGCUGUCAAACGUAGCUAUAGUUCUCAAGUCUAUUGUGGAGGGUGUCGGGAAAAAUACCUUUCUGGAUUUCUUCAUGAAGCUAGUGCUGGGGGAGGAGCUAUCCUAUGAGUCAGCGAAUCCUGUCAGAGAUCUGUUUUCCCGAUUCUCACAGCGGAGGAAGGAGAGACUAAUGAUUGUCAUUAAUGAGACCAGUGGGAAGGACACGCACGCAUUCAGUGAGCAAAUCAAGGACAUGAUCACGUCGACUACCUACAAUCAUGAGGAGAAAGGCAUCCGACCAAUCAAAAUGAACAAUUACGCCCGGUUGAUCUUCACAACCAACAAUGACGUCCCCGUAAAAAUCGGACAGCACGAUCGACGGUUCGUGGUCUUUGAGGCUAGCAACGAGCUGGUCGGAAAUGCGGAAUAUUUCAGGAAUUUUGCGCAAUAUGCCGCUGACCCGAACAAUGCCUUGGCGGUUUACGAAUAUUUAAAAUCGCUCGACCUGUCGACUAUUCAUUUAGAAAACGAUCGCCCGAAGACCGAGGAGUACCUUGAGAUUCAGAAGAACACCAUCAAGCCCGAAUACCGAUUCUUGGGUAGCAUGAUCGAGAUUUAUCGGAAAAACCACAACAGCGACGUGGUAGCAUUUAAGGGUCUGGAUAUAUUUAUAGAGUUUUCCAAGUGGAUGACCCAGGCUAUACCGUUGCAAAUCACCUCCACACAGUUUGGACGGACACUCAACACGCUGAUGAAGCUAACCGACUCGGUUCAAAAGCGGCGGUUAGGAACCGGGGUGGUUUAUGAGAUCAAUCUACUCAAUCUACAGCAUUGGAUGGUGGAGAAGAAGUAUAUCGACGACGGAACUGGUCUGGACGACGUUGAGAGGUCUGUACCGGUAUUCAGACCCGAAUAA